AUGCAAAUAAGUUCAUUGGCUCAGGCUCUUCAAAGGAAUGAACUAUAUGAUCCCAAUAUUCAUUAUGAUAGUUUAUUAUUAAGAUAUCUGUAUGCUAAUAAAUUUGAUAUCCAAUCCUCUUUAGAUCAAUUGGCAUAAACAAGCAACAUUUUGUUUUAACCUGGUUAUCUAGAUUUAAGUAACGAUGUCGAAGCCUUAUAUUAUAAAGGAGCUAUAUAUAUAGAGGGCAGGACAAGAAAUCAUAUCCCUUGCAUUGUAAUUUCAACAAAAUUAGUAGAUGAUUUAGCUUUAUUUGAAAGAGCAGCUGUCAUCCUGUGUGCAAUAGUAGAAGACUAUAUGUUCUACCCAGGUAAGGUGGAGAACUGGAUUGCUGUAAUUUAAACUAAAGAUUAGAGCGCAUAUAAGAUGCCAUUAGAUAAGAUAUUUUAGAUAAUUAAAGUGUUAUAAACAUGUUUUCCUAACACAUGCGAAAGUAUCUAUAUCUUAAAUACUACAUUGUCAAUUAAUCUAUUAUGGUCCUAAAUAGAAGAAUACAUUGAUCCAGUUACAUUAAAUAAGAUAAGAUUUUUGAAGGACAAAGAAUUAGGAAUCCUUUCUAAUCAAUUUGAUCCCAACCAUUUGGAGUAUUCUUUGGGUGGUUAGAAAGUACUCUAAUCAUAUUGGCCACCUGAUCCAAAUGACUACUUUUACGAUUUGCCUCAAUAAUAAUAACAACCAACAUAUGAAGAGGAGCCUUAAGUAUUUUUCUCUUAACCAACUAACAAUUUAUAAUACCUUAAUUAAGCUCCUCCUUUAGAAAUUCCACCUCCACCUAUAAAUAAUCAAGCAUCACAACCUAAUAUUAUAAAAUAGCCUAUUAUUGCCCAAUAACCUUAAUAAUCCUAAUAACCCUAACAACCUUAAUAACCUUAAUAACCUUAAUAACCCUAAUAACCAGGAUAACCCUAAUAACCAGAAUAACCACCUCCACCAGAGAAGAAAAAAAAGUGUAUUUGUGUUAAGUGUUCUAGAGAUCUUGAAGAAGUUGCAUCCCAACCUCGCCAACCUAAAUAAUUAGAAACUUCAAACGGUGGAUAAAAAUAACCUUCUUAAUAAAAAAUAUAAGUACAAGCAACUCAAGGAUAAAAAUAACUGGAUGACACCUAUAUACCUUAUGAGAGAAAAUAUGACAGUGUUCUUAAUGAUUCAUAUUUAACUAACCCUUAAAAUGAAAAAUUGUUGCAAGAGAACAGUUAAACUAAUAAACCAUUAUUCGGAGGCAAUUCCUUCAAUGCCAAUUAAGAUUAAUAAUAAUAAUAACCAAAUUAAAUAUCAAAUAAACCAUCAUUUAACAAUCCAUUUUAUGGGUCUGAUUCAAUGAAGGGAUCUUAACAAUUAGAAUACAAACAGAUACCAUAAUAAUAAGAUAAAGUAAAUUAGGAAAUAUAAGCUAAUAUAGAUGAUCUCAUAUUGAAUGAUAAGCCUGAUUAUUAGCCCAAAUACGUCAGUAAACAUAGCAGACAAUAUUAAACUUCUCAAUCUAGUCGGUUCAGCAAUACUGGUCCUAACCCUUAUAAUAAUAUUUACAAUCCUUAGAACCCAUCUUUGUAUUCACAAGUACCAGCAACAUAGUUAAACCCAUCUUCAUAAUAUAUACCAACCAUCCCUUUUGAACCCUAGAGUUAAUAGUAAAUUCCAAAGCCAAUUUAAAAUGAUGGGGUUUUAUAGUAGCCUGUGCAAGUACAGGAGUAUGAUUACAACUUUAUUAAUAAUCAAUCCUAUUAUGCUCCUCAGAUUUCAAGUGAUCCUAAAAAGAAGUACGAUUUCAGUUAAUGGGAUAAAUAUAAUGAUACCAAUGAUCCAUUUCCAGUCUAAUCAUAUGUAUCUCCCUCGAAUGACUACGUUAAUCCUUAUUUAUCAUCAGUUCCAUACAAAAAUAACAUUGGGAGUGUCGAAGAUUAUAACUACUUGUAUGAUAACUCAGGUGAUUAUAAACCUGGAGAGUUUCGACCAUCCACUUACAAUUUCACUCCAUAUGAUUUCAAGCAAAGUGAUCAAUAAUAUUAGCCUAGAGUUGAAAGUACUACAAAAUCAAAUGGAGCACCCUAGCUGUAUCAAUAGAGACCUGGAUAGCAAGCUUGUGAGAUCUUUUGA